AGUUCACCGCAGGUGUUUUCCGCGUAAUUAUUAUUUUUAUUAUUAUCUUUUCUCCUGUACGCCCUGCUUGUGGGCAUCGCCGUUGCACCACCCCACCAACGUUGUUCUUGCGAGCGCGUGCAGAAGACACUACCCUGUAAUCUAGAACCCAUAGCCAUCCCCGGCCGACUACAUUUAUUUGUGUGAUACUUUCCUUUUCUUUCUCUUUCCCUUGCUUGUAGUUCUUCCACUCGCGCAGCCAUUGAGACACGCUCUCAAUCAGUGAUCGAAGGAUAACGUGAUUCCAUUCCUUAUUAUCUGGGCUGAGAGCAGCUUGCAUGUAUAGCUGUAGACCAUAGUAAAGUCUUGGACUUUUGGUUUCUUUUUGCUGGUGGUGGAAACUUGAUCGAUCGGAGCUGAAGUGCAGCGACGCGAGAAUGAACCUGUCACCUACAAUGAAAGAUUGUGUGACGGCGGUCACCAAGGCCGUCAAGAAGCGCCUCGCCGGCGAAGUGGUGGAUCGGAAGGAUGUUGGGACAGUCGUGGAGCUGCAGGUGCAGGUCUCGCUGUCGACGGCAGCCGAGGCUGCCGCGGCGCUUCUCGCGGCAAUGACGAAGGCGGCGUGCGGCGCGGACAAAGGCUCCACGAAACUUCCCAAUGGCGAGAUCAUUGUCGACACCACGGCCGCGCUGCAAGUGCAGACGUUUGCCGAUUGCAUCCGCGUGAGCACCUUCCGCUUUCAGGAGCUGCCGGCGGACAACCCGAUGGUGUGCGCCAUUGCCGAGGCGACGUACGUCCGCCACCUGCAGCGCGCGUCGGAGCUGAAGGUGUACGGCCUCGAAGACUUUCCUCCGUGUCUGCUGCGGGAGGCGAUGUCGCGCUUCGACGUCAGCAUCGGCGGCUACGUGGUCCUGUCGCUCCUCAUUUCCAAGAACAAGGACGUCGUCCUUCGUCUUUUCACGACGGCCGUGGACACCGUCAUGAGCAGUAUGUGCAGUACUUCCUUCACGAGCGGCGUUCUGCCCGCGUCAUGGGCCAAGCGCAGCAGCCUCGAACCACACCAGCUGCUCGACGCGCUGGAGGAUGUGCAGCUGGCCAUCAACGAGUACUGGCACGACAGCGCGCAGGACGACCAUGCCCGCUCUGUCAUUGUGUUUCUCAUGAGCUCUGUGGGAAGCGACGUAUGCGAGUGCUUCAAGAACAAGAUCACCACCGCCAACGGUGUGUUUCUCGGUGAUAAGAAGCUUGUGGAGGAGGCACAUCUCUGCUGCGAUGAGUGGGUGACGGUUUGUGGUAGACUGACGACGGUCGACUGGGCCUCUGAGUGGGGCGAGCGCUACGAGGAUGCUGCCCUCGUGUGCAUCCGCAAUCGCCUCCACACGGCGCUGUCGCUACGCGGCAUCAUCGAAGAAAUCAGCGAGCUGCUCGGCGCUGACGACUUCCACGCGUUGAAGACGGAAGUGCUGUGGGAUGUCUUUAGCGACGUUGCGGUGAUGGACAGCUCGGCGAGCGUGCAGAACCAGUGGAACGCCGCCCUCGCCGCAUACUACCGCCGCUUGGAGCCCAUUGAGCAUCGCUGCGCCACGGUGCUGCGUGAGCUGUUCGCGACGCGGGUCGGUCUCGCCCCCCAGGCCAUUCUCAACGAGUUCUCCGGCUACUGCCACUUGAUGAAGCGCCCCAUCAUCGCGCGCGAGCUUGUGACCGAGCGCGACGGCCUUCUGGGAAAGCUGAACGAUCGCCUCUCUGCGAUUCGUCUCGAGUACGAGCACCGCGCGGAGAGCACGGAGGACGAGCGAGUGCUGGAGGAGGAGGACCGACGCUGCCAGACCGGUCGCUUUUUCCCAGGUGUGGUGAACAACAUCAUCUGGCUCCGCCAGCUCCGCGGCCGCAUUGAGGAGAUGAUCGAUAUGUGUUCCUCUAUCCUCAACGACCUGCCCAACGCGAGUGCCUUCGUCGCGUCGGCCAAGCAGUUGCUGGAGGAGGUGCAGGACUACGAGCAGGAGUGCUUCCGCGGCUGGGUCGCCGACGUGGACGACAAGAGCGAUGUGCUGACGCUGGACGCGGAUGCGCCGCUGAUGGAGAUUGACGGGAAGGGGCGGGUGGAGGUGAACUUUGCCGAGCGGCUGGUGCAGCUGCUGAAGGAAGUCCGCGUGCUCGGCACUCUCGGCUUCUUGAUCCCUCGCCAGGUCACCCGCAUUGCGCAGCAGGGGGCACAGUUUAUGCCGAUGGGCGUCGCGCUGAAGCAGGUGGCGCACACGUACAACUCCAUGGCCGCUGACAUUAUCCCAUGCACACGGGCAAUGCUGCUGGAGCCGGCACUGGGGUUUGAGAAGGUGAUCACCGCCGACGGCAGCAAGAAGCUCACCUGGCGCAGUACGAAGGAGGCGGCACGCUUCAUUGAGCGGCUACAGGGCGCCUCGCAGUCGUUGACGGAGUGCAAUCGCCGCCUUCACAAGACGCACCAAGAAAUCGAAGGUCUCGUGGUGGAGCUCUUCGGCAUCAGCCUGCUGCGCUCACGCGACCGGUGGAUGCGCAAGGUGCGGCAGAUGCGCGAGAAAAUCGAGCUUUCCGGCUUUCAGAACACCGAGUCGUGGCGCGAGUUUUGGGAUAUGCAGCUGUACAAGGCGAUGGAGGCGCAGUACCAGCUAGGGUUAGAGUCGCUCCACGAAGCCAUCGAGGAGAUUAAAGCAGAUAUAGUGUUGGACGCAAACAGCGGGCAGGCCGCCCUGCGACCUUCUCUAGAGAUUCUUCGCGCUCAGUAUUACCAACGCAUCCACGACUUCAUUACAUUUCCGCAGCGCUUUCAAGGUUGCAGCGAAAAGAACGUAUUCAAGGACAUGCCCUCGCGGAACACCAACGGCAUCUACGCCGUGCUCCAGCACGCCGCCCAGCUCUUCAAACGCGUCUCGCACGAGCUGAAACGCUUUACGCCCUUCCUGGUCAUUGGGCGCUGCGGCAAAGGCGACAAUCCAACGCUGGAGCAGAUCGUGAGCAAAUCGCUGACCGAGGUGCAGCACUGGGAGCAGAGCGUGCGACUUCUCAAGCAGAAGGGCAAAGAGAUCAACGGCGAGGAUUUGUUUAUCAAGUGCGACUGCAUCACCCUGUGCACCGCAGCCAUCAAAGGCACGGUCGAGGAACACCUAGUGCGACUCACUGACGCGUUGAAGGUGACGCUGAAACAGAGCGCAGAGCAGCACCUCUCCUCCAUCAACGACUACCUCGCGAAAGCGGCGACGUGCCUCGACAGCAAACUCACCAAACUUGACGAGAUCGGCGAGGCGAAUUUGCUCUACGGCGAGCUGAUGGAACAGCGGCCCGCCAUCGAGGUGGAGUUCUACCACUUCUACAACAAAAACGUUCUUUUGCAGAACAUGACCGGCACGGCGGGACUCGACUUCACCAAAACGAAAGAGCGCUGGGACACCUUUAUGAAGCGGCUGGACUCGCACGAGAAGGAGGUCGAGGAUCAGCUGAAUGAGAUGAAAGGCACCGUGAGCGAGUCCGUCAAGGAGUGGGAGAAAGACUCCAUCCGCUUCACUACGCGGUGGCAUGAGAUGAAGCCGAAGGACCUGAACUCGCAGAAGCCGCUAGAGUUCGUGUCAAAGAAAAAGACGGAACUGCAGGCGCUGAAGGAGCGCGGGGAGGAGUGCAAGAAGCAGUGCGAGUACUUCCACCUCGAUGAGCCGGACCUGCAGCCGCUGGAGGAAGCCGAGGCGGACAUCGAGGACUACUUCAACAUGUGGAGCAUGCUCGGCGACUUCCAGCAGCAGGUGCAGGAGAUUUGCAAGGAGCCGUGGAUCAGCUUCCGCGCCAAGUUGUACCGCUUCGAGGACUUUGUGAAGGUGUGGCAAGAGAAGCUGAAGGAGAUUCCUUCCAACUCGGUGACGGUGCACAUCCGCACGAUGCUCGAGCAGUGGGGCCGCUGCGUCCCGCUGAUGAAGUACGUGCGCGGCGACGGCUUCACCCCGGCGCACUGGGUGGAGCUCUUCAUGCUGCUGAAGCUGCGCAACGUCACGCAGGACACCGUCAACUUCGGGCAGAUUCUCGAUCGCCACGAAACCAUCUUACAGAACGAAGCGCACAUCAAGCAGCUGCACAACCGCGCGCAGGGCGAGGCGCAAAUCCGCGAGGCUCUGGACGAUGUGCGGGCGUGGGGCACGGAGGCCAGGUUCGCGCUCACCCCGCACCCCGACCGCGCCGGUGUGGUGCUCAUCACGGACUGGAAGGACACCAUGUCUGCCCUCAGCGACAAUCGCGCACUGCUGCUGAGUAUGAAGGAGUCCCCAUACUUUAGCCUGUUCUCCAGCGAUGCCAGUAAGUGGGAGGUGCGCCUGUCCACUCUGGACGAGUACUUGCGCCACAUGAACCACAUCCAGCGCAAGUGGGUCUACUUGGAGCCGAUCUUCCGCCGCGGUGCCCUGCCAAACGAAACGCAGCGCUUUGAGCGCAUCGAUGCCGCCUACCUGACGGUGAUGAAGUCGGUUGAAAAGGACAGCCGGCUCAUGGCACUGGCCGAGCACGGCGAGUUCAAGAGCACGCUGCGCGACGUCGCGGAGCAACUCGAGCGGUGCCAGAAGGCACUCAACGAGUACCUCGAGUCGAAGCGAGACUGCUUCCCCCGCUUCUAUUUCAUCAGCGACGAUGACCUGCUUGAGAUUCUUGCGCAGAGCAAGAACCCCAGCGUGAUUCAGUCGCACUUGAAGAAGCUCUUUAUGGGCAUCCACAGCGUGCAAUUCGAUGCGCCGAAGGAGAACAUCCUCCAGGUGCUCUCGCUAGAGGGCGAAGUGGUGACGUUGCUGAAGCCGGUCCGUGUGACAGAGGAGGUGGAGGCGUGGCUGUCGCAGCUCGACGUGGAGGUGAAGUCAACGCUGAAGGCGCACGUGGCGCAGUGCGUGUCGAAGUUCGACAUCGGCGCCUACGCGUCGCAGGUGCUGUGCACGGCGGAGAUGGUGACCUUCACUCGCAAAGUUGAAACCGCCAUUCGCGAGUCCACCGGGGUCAGUGCGCUGAAGAAACUGAAGGCGAACCUGCAGACCCGCCUGCGCGAGUUGACGGCGUACGCUGGCGGCAACAGCGAUGCCUUGGUGGGCAUCAAACUCAAGGCCCUCAUCAUGGACCUCAUCCACAACAUUGCCGUCGUCGAUCUGCUCAUCGCGAACAGCGUAGAGAAGGAGUCGCACUGGCUGUGGAAGAAGCAGCUGCGCUUCUAUCUCGACAGCACGCAGCAGUGCCUCCUCCGCAUGGUCGAUGCGGAGUUCCGCUACAGCUACGAGUACCAAGGCAACGCGCCGAAGUUGGUGCACACGCCCUUGACGGACCGCUGCUAUCUGACGCUGACGCAGGGCAUGCAGCUCGGCUACGGCGGCAACCCCUACGGUCCUGCUGGCACGGGCAAGACGGAGUCGGUGAAGGCGCUCGGCAACGCCAUGGGCCGCCAGGUUCUUGUCUUCAACUGUGACGAAGGCAUCGACUUCAAGUCCAUGGGGCGCAUCUUCACCGGCCUCGUGAAGUGCGGUGCGUGGGGCUGCUUCGACGAGUUCAACCGCCUGAAAGUCGACCAGCUGUCGGCCGUCUCGCAAAUGAUCCAGGUCAUCCAGGAGGCACUGAAAAACGGGGAGAAGACAUGCGGCCUGCUGGGCAAGGAAAUCGACGUAGACUCCAGCGCCGGCAUCUUCGUGACCAUGAACCCGGCCGGCAAAGGCUACGGCGGCCGCAGCAAGCUGCCCGACAACCUGAAACAGCUCUUCCGGUCCAUCUCGAUGAGCGCACCGGACAACGAGCUGAUCACAGAGACGAUCCUCUACAGCGAGGGCUUCGAGAAUGCCACGCAGCUGGCGACGAAGGUGGUGGAGACGUUUAAGCUGUCGAGUCAGCUGCUGUCCUACCAGCAGCACUACGACUGGGGUCUGCGUGCGAUGAAGGCGGUGUUGCGACUUGGCGGCAUCCUUAUUCACGACUUCUUGACGGAGCGGGUGGCUGGUAAGGUGGAGCUCACGGCGGAGCAAACCUUAAAGAAGGAGAGCGAGAUUAUCAUCAAGUCGUUGCGCGUCAACACGCUUUCCAAGCUCACCUUCGACGACGCCGUUCUCUUCAACACGCUGCUGAGUGACAUCUUCCCUGGUGUCCCUGUGCUGGAGAUCGACUACAAGGAACUGCGUCCCGCUAUCGUGGAAUCGAUAAAGGAGCUGAAGCUGCAGGUCGUGGAGACACAAAUUCAAAAAAUCCUCCAGCUGUACGAGGCGCUGCGGCAGCGCAUGGGUGUCGUGCUCGUGGGGCCCAGCGGAAGCGGGAAGAGCACGCUGAUGCGGGUGCUGCGCCGCGCGAUGCAGCGGCUGGGCAGAAAGAUGCCGCUGUACGUGGUCAACCCAAAGGCCCUCCCACGCGAUCAGCUUCUCGGGCACAUGGACCCCGACACGCGGGAGUGGUUCGACGGCGUGCUGACCGAUGCCGCGAAGAAAGUCGUGAAGGAGGAGCCGACGGUGCAGUCGUGGGUCUUCUGCGAUGGCGAUAUCGACCCGGAAUGGGUCGAGUCGCUCAACUCCGUCCUCGAUGACAACAAACUCCUCACCAUGCCCAACGGUGUGCGCGUGCAGUUUGGCGACAACGUCAACUUCUUAUUUGAGACGCACAGCCUGGAGUACGCUUCGCCCGCGACGGUGUCGCGGAUGGGCAUCAUUUACCUCUCCGAGGAGGAUGUGGAUCCGAAGGUGGCGGUGGCGACGUGGCUGACAGAGCAGCCGGAGGAGAUGCGGGCGCAGCUGCAACAGUGGAUUGACGCGUACUUUCGCAAGGCGAUCGACUCCCUCCUCUCCGUUGGCGAGCUCGUGGUGCAGACGACGCGGACGGGACUUGUCAUGUCGGGUCUCGCGCAAAUGAAGAACUGCACGACGAAGAAGCAGUUCGCCCUUGCGCUGAUCUACGGUCUGGGCUCCUACCUCGCAGAGAAGCCGCGACAAGACUACGCGAAAGACGUGCUCUUCAUGAUGGAGGAGCGCGCGCCGGACCCAAAAAACCCGCUCGACUUCAAGUACGACGAAGACCGUCAAGAGUACGUCUCCCUCGUUUUUGAGCCGGCGGGUGGCCUAACGGUGGAGGAGCUAUACCGGCACCCGAUGGUGUCCACGAUUGACUGCCAGCGCGCGUUGGAGGUGAUGAAGGCGUGGACGACGCCGACGAAGCCCGGCGUGUAUCGACCCUUCAUUCUGGUUGGCCCCGAAGGCUGUGGGAAGUCGAUGCUGCUGAACAACCUGUUCGCGCACACGAGCAACGCCCGUGUCGCCAGCGUCAACUGCUCCGCCCAGACGGAGGCGAUUCACGUAAUUCAGAAGCUGAAGCAGACGUGCUCUAUCUUCAACUCGAACCAGGGCAAAGUCCUUCGCCCAAAGGAGGCGGAACGGCUGAUUCUUCUGCUGAAGGAUUUGAACCUGCCGAAGCCCGACAAGUACGGCACGGUGCAGCUGCAUUCACUUCUGCAGCAGCUCAUCCUGUACAACGGCUUUUACGACUCGGACCUGGAGUGGGUAAUGGUGGAGCGGGUGCAGAUCGUCGGCAGCAUGAACCCGCCCGGCAGCAUGGGCCGCCACCCCGUGGCCCCGCGCUUCCUGGCAAUCACCUCCAUCCUGGCCAUCUCCUACCCCUCCAAGGAGUCCCUCCAGCAGGUGUACUCGGAGUUCCUCAACGUGGUGCUUCAGUCGGGUCGACUGCAGCUGAACAUGGCCAACAAGGGCGCCGCAGACCUGGCGCGGGUCAUCGCGACCGUGUACGAGACAGUGGCGCUGAAGUGCACCGUAGACGUGGCCUCCCACUACGUCUUCAACCCGCGCGACCUCACGCAGUGGGUGCUGAACCUGCUGCACUACGACACCCCAAACAUGGGCGACGUCUUCGCCUACGAGGCGCGCCGCAUUUUUGUCGACCGUUUGGUCACGUCCGAGGAGCGCGUGAGGCUGUCCAAGGUGGUGCGCGACAACGUCGCCUUCCUCGUCGGCCACCGCGACGCCCCACCGGAGAAAGAGUCGGUGUUCUACGUCUCGUGGCUGGACUCCGCGCCGGCGGGCAAGAAGCGGCUGAUGCCGUCCUCGCUCGACGCCGUGAAGAAGUCCGUCGACGCGUUUGCCCUGAAGUACUCGCGCGAAAACGCGAACUUGAACGUGCAGCUCAUCCCCGAUGUGUGUGCGUGGAUUACCCGCGUCGACCGCGUCCUGUCGCAGGAACGCGGCAACCUUCUGCUGGUGGCGCGCUCCGGCGUGUGCGCGCCGCAGAUCGUGCGUCUCGUCGCGUACUACAAUCGCACCGAGGUUGUCACCCUUGGCAUCACGCGCGACUACGGCGUCAAGCAGUUCACGACAGAGCUAAAGUCGGUCAUGACGAAGACGGGCGUGGAGGGGCAAAGCGUCGUGCUGCUGUUGGAGGACUUCAACUUCUUUCACCCCUACUUCCUCGAGACGAUCAACUCGAUCUUGUCCUCCGGAGAAGUUCCCGGGUUAUUCUCGCAAGAGGAGCAGGACGCGAUGCUCGGGCCGCUGAAGGAUGACGCGGUCGGCGAGGGCAUGAGCGCCUACAACUACUUCGUGGAGCGCAUCGCCCGCUACCUGCACGUGGUCGUGGUGAUGGACCCGACGAACCCAAACUACGAACUGCAAUGCCGCGCCAAUCCGGCGCUGUUCACGCGGUGCAAUGUGUACUGGAUGGGCACGUGGGACAGCAGCAGCCUCAAGGUCGUGCCGCGCAUCAUGAUCGCCGACGCCUUCGCGGCUUUGGACAGGCGCGAUGACAAAAAGGAGUUCAGCCUCACCACCGAGCUCGUCCACAUCCACCGCUCCUUCGGGGAGAAGUUCUCGCCGCAGCACUUCAAGGUGCUGUGCGAAACGUUCGACCACCUCUUCCAGAACAAAAGCAAGGAAGUGACGGACGGGCUGCUGCGGCUGAAGAGCGGCGUCACGAAGCUGGACGAGGCGCAGGAGAACGUCGACAAGAUCGCUACGGACGUGACGGAGAAGAAGGGCCUACUGGAGGUGAAGCAGCGCGAGGCGGACGACGCGUUGAAGGAAAUCCAGAAGAAGAUGGAGGAGGCGGGAAACCAAAAGCGCAGCAUUCAUAAAAUCCAAAAAGAACUGGACAAGGAGCAGACAGCGAUCCAGGAGCGCAAGGUGGUGAUUGAGGGUCGCCUCAGCGGCAUCCAGCCCAUCCUCGACGCCGCCCUCUCCGCCGUCAGCUCCAUUCGGUCCGAUCACCUGACCGAGCUGCGCUCCAUGGCGAAGCCCCCGGCCGCGGUGCAGUGCGUCAUGCAGGGCGUUGUGCUGCUCAUUGACAACGGCAAGGUCUCCGAGGCCGCGGCGUGGCCAGCGAUCCGCAAAGUCCUCGCGGGCGACAUCAAAGGCCAAAUUCUCAACUUCGACAUCGACAACGUCGACCCGGCCGCACGCGCGCAGGUGGAGAAGUUCAUCGCGGCCAACAGCGAGGCCUUUAAGCGCGAGACAAUCGCACGCGCCUCGAAGGCGGCGGCGCCGAUGGCGGAGUGGCUGAAGGCCGUCGUGGAGUACAGCAAAGUGCUGGAAACGGUUGCCCCCAUGCGGGCGGAGCUGAAGGAAUACGAGGCGAACAUCAAGAAGGGACAGGAGGAGAUGACCACGUACGAAGGAAAGCUGAGGAAGGUGGAGAAGAAGGUGGAGGAGUUGAAGCAGAAGUUUGGCGAGAAGACGACGGAGGCGGAGCGGCUAAAGGAUCAGCUGGAGCAGGCGGAACAGCUCCUGGUGAACGCGAAGGAGCUGCUGGCGAAGCUGGGCGACGAGCACAAGCGCUGGACGGCGCAGAUGAAGACCAUCAAGGAGGACUCGAACUUUUUGCCGAAGCGGUGUCUGCUGGCGGCGGCCUUCAUCACGUACCUUGGCAAGGAGGCAGAGGACAAGCGGCGAGCUGCGUUGGCGGAGUGGAAGGAGCGGACGAAGCUGCCGGAGUUCAACUUUUUCGCCUUCCUGCGCGAUGAGAGCGUCCAGCUGCAUUACAAGGCGGAGGGUUUGCCAGGAGAUGAACUCUCGCUGGACAACGCCGUCAUGAUCCCCGAGCAGGUCAACACCGCCCUCAUCGAGGACCCGUCAGGGCAGGUGGUGGAGUGGCUGCAGACGAACCUGAAGAAGCAGAACGCGGUGGUGGACGUGUGCAACAUCUCGGAAGAGCGGCUCGUGUCGGCGCUGGAGCUGGCGCUGCGCUUUGGCAAGAAGUUCAUCAUAACGGACGUGGACCGCAUCGAACCGUUUCUCUAUCCCAUUCUGCGCAAGGAGCUGCACAACGAGGGCACUAAGCGCGUCAUCCAGAUCGGCGACCGCCGCACCGUGGACUACGCGGAUGGCUUCCAGCUCUACCUGGUGACACGUAGCACCGACCUGCGCGUCGCACCCGACAUUCUCAGCUACCUCACUCCGAUCAGCUUCAGCAUCACGCACAGCGGCCUGGAAGGUCAGUUCCUCGGUAUUACGAUCCAGCAUGAGCAGCCGCAGCUCGAAAAGGAGAAGCUCGAAAUCCUCAAGAAGGAAGAGAGCCUUAAGAUGCAGCUGGCGGAGUUGGAGGAGCGGCUGCUAGCGAACCUGGCCAACUCCGAGGGCUCGCUCCUUGAGAACAAGACCCUCAUUGACUCGCUGAACCAGAUCAAGUCACAGGCGAGUGACAUCUCAGCCGCGCUGGACCAGUCGAAGGUGGUGCAGGAGGACCUCGAUGCCAAGCGCAACGUCUACCGCCCCUUCGCCACCACGGCGAGCUCCGUCUUCUUCUUAACCAAGAGCCUCGCGGAGCUGUCGCACAUGUACCAGUUUUCGCUCCAGCUCUUUCUCGAUCUUUUCCAGCGUGCCCUGCACCGGCACAAGGACCUGCGCACCGACCCGGAGACGAAGAUUGCCGCGCUGCAGGAGACCUUCAUUCAGAUCACCGUCUCGGUCAUCGCGCAGUCGCUCUUCAAGGAGCACCGUGUCGUUUACGGCGUGCACCUCUGCCGCAACCUUUACCCGGCAGAGUGCAAUGCGGGGGAGUGGGAGUUCUUCGUGGAUCAGGCCAUCGCACCCGAGGAGAAGCGCAAGGAGGUCCGCGUGCCGACCUUUGUCCUGCCUGACAGCACCGAUACCUUCCGCACCUUCGCUGCAUUGUUCCCCGACCUCGCCGCAAAGGCACGCUUCCAGGAAGCGGAUGUGUGGCUGCAGUGGAUGCGCACCGCCACCCCGGAGACGGACUACCCCGGGUUUCUAAAGUCUCUCACACACUUCCAGCGACUCCUCUUGAUGAAGACGCUGCGUGGCGACCGCCUUAUCGCCGCGAUGAACGCGGUCUCCUGCACGCUGCUCAAGGUGGACUCCCUCGGCGAGAACAGCACGUUGGCCUCCGCUGUAGACCAGUCGGAAGCCGCACGCCCCGUGCUGCUGCUCAUCACAGCUGGCGCGGACCCGUCGCAGGAGCUACAGACGAUCGCACACGAGAAGAUCGGCCGCACCCGCUUUCAUCAGUUGGCCAUGGGCAGCGGGCAGACGGACGAGGCGAUGCGCCUGGUGCGCAGUGCCGCUGCCAAGGGCGAGUGGGUCUUCUUGAAGAACCUCCACCUUGUCAUUCCAUGGGUGUCACAUCUGCAGAAGGAGUUGACGGUGCUGAAGCCGAAUGCCGCUUUUCGCCUGUUUCUGACGAGCGAGGCACACGAUGAAUUCCCCUCCAUUCUUAUUGGGCAAUCGCUGAAGAUUACCUUUGAGCCGCCGCCGGGAAUUAAACCGAACCUCCUGCGGACCUACCGUGACUGGGGUGCCGCUUUCGUGAAUGAGAAAGACGAGAAGCAGCGGCAGCUGCUCUUCGCGGCGGCCGCACUGCAGGCGAUUGUGCAAGAGCGUCGCUCCUACGUGCCGCAAGGGUGGACGAAGGACUACGAGGUCACGGCGGCUGAUCUCAAGUCGUCGGUCGACAUCGUGCUGCGUCAGUCAUCGCAGGCCGAGGUGGACUGGCGCUCGAUUCGCGGCAUUUUGAACGACGCCAUCUACGGUGGUAAGAUGGAGACCGCGUACGACACGCGAAUCAUGACAACCUACAUUGAGAGCAUGUUCAGCGCGAGCUGCGUCGCCGGAGCAAAGCCGCAAGAGCCGCUGUUCUACCGCACCCGCAUCCCGAACGGCGACUACGCCGAGUACGAAAAGGUGGUUAAGAAGCUACCGGACAGCGACAUUCCCGUGCUGUUCUCCUUGCCGCCGAACGCCGACCGCGUUGUGCAGCUGACACGCGUUCGCGCGCUCACUAACGACCUGCAGCGCCUCAACGAGUCGCAGAGCGAGGCCGCGGUGGACCACGAGGCUUGGGCGGCGCGUCUUACGCCCCUGCUCGAUGCCUGGACAGGCCUGAUCGCACCGCACGCGCAAGUUCUCGUGCCGCCGUCCUCUGUCCCGCCAAGUCCGUCCGCUGCGGCCUCCGUGGCCCCGAAGCCGAUUGACGGCUUUAUCGCCGCCGAGCUGCGAACCGCGCUCCGGCUGGUCAUGCAGGUAAACACCACCAUGAACGAUCUGCGCAGGGUGAUCGAGGGCGGUGCGCUGCUGACGGAGGACCGCCGGAAGGAGGCGGCUGCGAUGCUCCUCGGCGACGUCCCUGCAAACUGGGCGGACCACUUCCCCAGUGCCGCCCGCAUUGCGGCGUGGUUGCAGUCCGUGGUGCGCAAGACGGUACGCAUCGCCGAAUGGCAGAAGAUGGUGUCGAUUGGGACGUUGAUGAACACGAAUGUAGAUUUGUCGAACUUCUUCCGCGCCAAGACGUUCCUGAACGCGCUGCGGCAGGAGACGGCACACGUCAUCCAGCAGCCUCUCGUGUCGCUCACGUUAGUGUCCACCACGUCCACGCCGCCGGAGAAUGCGCCGUGUGCCGUUGUUCUGGAGGGGCUGCUGCUGCAGGGUGCCGUGCUCGACGACGCGGACAGGCUGGAGGCGAUUGCGACCGCGGACGAGCCGGCGGUGUUUCCAAUCAAGAAGACCUAUGUGGCGUGGAUGGCAGUGCCGCCCGCGCUGCCGGCGUCGGUGCGUGUGCCCGUGUACGCGAACACCACCAAGGAGGACUACGUCUGCGACUUUGUGCUGCCCUGCGCAGAUGCCGUGGCGGCGCGCAACUUUGUGUUGUCUGGUGUCUCCAUCGUCUUGGAGCAGUAG